AUGGAUCGAGCGCCGCCCAGCCGCAAACUUGUGCGCAUUGCGGCCCAUCUCGAGCCCUUGCCCUUCGAGCUGAUCGAGCAUGUCCUCGCCGACCUGACGUUGCACUCCGUCUUGGACUUGACCUUCUUCUCGUCGGCUGAUCCGAGACUACGAUCCGCCGUCCAAAAUAGUCUUACAUGGGGAGUCAUGUUCGAGAAACGCAUGUCUUCUUUCGAGAGGAUCUGGCAGUCCCUCAACAGCCUCUCCUGGCUGUGGACCCGCAAGCCUUGGAUGGAGGUCAUGAACCCGUGUUCGUCGACCUGCCCUGACAUCUUGCUUGAGUCCAGCGGCCGACUCCAACAGCUAUCUCGGGUUGCCGAUAUAGGUGCCUCCGUCCUCUUGGAGCUUGAUCACCUCUAUCUCGAAUCCUUCAAGUCGUUCCUGGGAUGCGAAUCAGCGGAAAUCUUCAAUGGCCUCAGCAAGCCCCAGCUGCAAGCAAUAUGCCUCUUCAUGCCCUCUGAGGUUGUGCGCUCGAGGGGCAAGAUCUUGUCCACGUUGCGGGACCAUAACCAUAGCCCAAGUUUCGAAUCGGAUAAUUACGAAGACUACUUGCGAAACACCAUGGAUGAGAGGUGUCCUCCUGGGAUGAAUGCAGACCUUCACCUGGCCAUCAAGGGUCUGGGGUUCAUUCAUGCACACGGAGGUACCGCCGGCUUGCGGCGUAUCACAAACGGCCAACCAAACCUUGCAUCAUUUGAGCCGUACUCGGAAAGUAACGGGGCUUUACCGAAACCACACGCUGAGGUCGAGUGGCUCGGCGCGUUCAUUGCUGUGGUAUCGUGGAUGGAGAAGGAAUACCCCGACGUUCUCUCUGCGGUGGAUCAUACUGCGCCGCCAGUCAAGCACUGGAAACCCCUCAUUGGCGAUUCGGACUACCAGAUGUUCAUAGAGCACGAAACACCUCAGGUGAUAGCCGAGCAGAUCCGUCGUGACUCGGAGCUUUGUGACAAAGGACAAAUCGCCAAGUCCCUUACACCUUCUCUGGACAUUGAUGUGGGUGUCCAACAGCUUGUUUACGAGACUGUACUCAAGAAAAUCCGUCGGUGCUUGCAGAAGGCCCCGGAAGUCGAUGACCCAGAGGAUACUCAGCGACUAGUCUUUGAGACUGACCCCCAAAGCCUCGAUGCUGGGGAUGCUGGGACGGCAAGCCAAUCCAAAAAUACUGAGGUAGCAAGCGGGUUGACCCAAAACGAUCUCGUCACAACAGCGAGAACCUUGCACCGGCUUUUGGGGCAAGCAUCUCUACAGCCACACGAGAUGACGGCCACCGACGCGCUCAUCCAAGUGGUUGAUAAAAUCGCGAAACUGGAAGAUGGCACUCCGAAGGAUGCGGCUCAGUCUCCAUCGUGGAAACAGUCGGCCAACGAUUAUACGCACACCCGGCAGGGCUCAUCCUGGGUGCAGUCUUUGACCGAGAUACCGUAUGAGGAUGUGAUUUCGGCUCACUCGGUCAAUACCUUCGUCCCAUUGAUCCUAGUGCGCGAGUUACUGCCAUUGAUGUACAGAAGGUCAUCUAGCGAAUCUCAGUCGGCAAACGCCGACGGCUACAUCAUCAACGUCUCUUCCCGCGAAGGAAUAUUUGAACGCUCAAACAAAAGCCCGGCGAAGAAUGGAAAGCACGUACAUACCAAUAUGUCGAAGGCUGCACUGAACAUGAUCACGGAGACAGAGGCUUCGUCGACUUGGAAUGCCCACCGCGUUGCCAUGAAUACGGUCGAUCCAGGUUACAUGAGUGCAUCGCCCGAGUCUGAGGACAGCCACGGGGGAGAGCGGCCUCUUGGGUAG